GGAUAUCGCAAAACAUCGUCGGCGACCGGACAAUUUUUGAAUUUCAUCCACUAUACAGUUUAUAUAUACCUAUUAUUAUUAUACUACUUAAGUGUGUAGUAACUUUCGAUCGUGACUUCAUUGUGUAUUAUGAAAUAACACGAACAUAUUUUCUUAAUAGAUAAUAUAGUCAUUUAUUAAAUACUGUAGUCUAUAAGCGAUAUUACUGGACAGUCAGUAUAUUAUAGAUCUAUAAAAAGAUUUUUAAAAAAGGUGACAUACGAUUUGUCAUGAUUUCUUUACAAGAUCUCCAAGACUAAUUUACUAUAUAUUUUGGCUGUUGGUUAAAAAUGUCUGGCCAAAUCAAGCCAAUAAAUAAAUUGGACGUUCAUAAAAUAUGCUCUGGUCAGGUGGUAUUGAACUUGGCUACAGCAGUAAAGGAGUUAAUAGAAAACAGUUUAGAUGCUGGAGCCACUUCAGUUGGAAUAAAACUAAAAGAAUUUGGUAAAGAUUUGGUAGAAGUAACAGAUAAUGGAGCUGGAGUUCAUCCAGACAAUUUUGAAGGACUUGCUUUAAAACACCAUACAUCCAAAAUUCAAGAAUUUGCUGACUUGACUUCAGUAGAAACAUUUGGUUUUCGGGGAGAAGCAUUGAGCUCAUUAUGUGCUUUAAGUGAUGUAACAGUGACCACUAGACAUUCAUCACAAGAGUGUGGAAUUAAGUUAGUGUUUGAUCAUUCAGGAAACAUUAAAUUGAAAGUCCCUUUUGCUAAACAAAUUGGAACAACUGUUACUUUAUCGAAUUUAUUUUCUUCAUUACCUGUAAGACAUAAAGAGUUUCAUCGAAAUUUAAAAAAAGAAUUUGGAAAAAUGAUCCAAGUUGUGACUGGUUACUGUUUAGUUGCUACUCAAGUGAAAUUAUCGUGUGUUAAUCAAACAAAAUCUUCGAACAAUGUUCUUCUAUCAACACAUGGUAGCAACACAGUAUUAGAAAACAUAUCAUGUAUUUAUGGUUCUAAACAAGCCAAUAGCUUAUUAGUUUUAAAAAAAGUCAUUCCUGCAGAUGAAGUAGACGAUAUAUCAAAUAUUUUUGAACUUGAUGGUUAUAUAUCUAGUUGUGACCAUAGUGGAGGCAGAAGUUCUAAGGAUAGACAAUUUUAUUUCAUUAAUUCAAGACCAUGUGAACCUUUAAAAGUUAUAAAAACAGUUAAUGAAGUUUACCAUCAAUACAAUCAAAAUCAAUAUCCAUUUGUCUACUUGAAUAUAACAAUUGCAAGAACUGAAAUAGACAUUAAUGUGACACCUGAUAAAAGACAAAUAUUUUUGUCAAAUGAAAAUUGCUUAGUCUCAAUAAUUAAAGCUAGUUUAAAUAGAUUGUUUGAAAAUAUUCCAUCUACUUACAAGAUUAAUACACAGUUGUAUGAAUCAAUCUCAACUAAAAGACCAUAUGAAUCAACUACAGAAAGUAAAAAUUGUAAAUUACUGAAAUUGGAUGCAAGUAAUGAUUAUGAAAGUAAAGAAGCACCUAGUCAUUCAGAACAAAUUAAAGCUAAACUUAAUAGAUGGAAAUCUGAUAAAUCUAAAAUAGCAGCUGUUCCUGAAACUAUAGAUAAAUUUUUUAAAUCAAAAGUUGAGCAUAUUGAUGAUGUUCAAAAAAAUAAUAUUGAAGAACUAAUAGAAAACAAAGUAUCCAAUAGUCCAUUAAAGUGUACUGACACUAUUAAAAUCAAUGACAAAGAUGAAAAUACUGAUAAACAGAAACAAGAAAAGAUUAAAAAUGAUGAAAAAAAUUUCACAUAUAUAAAUAAUUCAGAAAGUAAAAAUAUUGAAUUAAUUGAAUAUUCUAUUCAUAAUUCAAUUAGUGAAAAUAUAAAUGAUAAUACAUUUUGUUUAAAUAAUGUUACUGAAAAAUCAAAUACUGAAGUAGACAUUAAAUACGAUUCAAUAAAGACGAGUGAAGUUAAAAAUGUAUCUAUUGAAGAUAUUAAUACUUAUUGUGAAUUAUCAAAAAUAAAAACUAAUUCUAGCAUAGAAAUAGACACUUCUAUAGCACCCAAGAAAAGAAAAUUUGCAGUAGUUGAAACUAACCUUGAACAAAUUAAACAAAGGCUGAGAAAUUUAAGAUUUCAAACAUCUGAAAAACAGAAAAUAAAAACAAGAUUUUAUGCAACUAUUGAUCCAAGUAAAAAUCAACAAGCUGAGGGUGAAUUAAGUAGAGAAAUUUCUAAAGAUAUGUUUUCUAAAAUGAAUAUAAUUGGCCAAUUUAAUUUGGGUUUCAUCAUUACCAAACUUGAUGCUGAUUUAUUUAUAGUUGAUCAACAUGCCACUGAUGAAAAAUAUAACUUUGAAACAUUACAAAAUAAAACUAAAAUCACAAGCCAAAAAUUAGUGGUACCUCAGCAGUUAGAAUUAACUGCUGUUAAUGAAAUGAUAUUAAUGGAAAAUAUACAUAUUUUUAAAAUUAAUGGAUUUGAAUUUCAGUUUCAGCAUGAUGCUGAACCAACAAAAAAAGUUAAGUUAACUAAGAUCCCAAUGAGUAAUAAUUGGAGUUUUGGUAAAGAGGACGUUGAUGAACUUUUGUUCAUGUUACAAGAUGCACCAAAUACUCUUUGUAGACCUUCAAGAGUUCGUUCAAUGUUUGCUUCUCGUGCUUGUCGUAAGUCAGUUAUGAUUGGUACAGUAUUAAACUUGAGUGAUAUGAGAAAACUUAUUGACCACAUGGGAGAUAUUGAACAACCUUGGAAUUGCCCUCAUGGAAGACCAACAAUGAGACACUUAGUAAACCUCUCAUUAUUAAAUGUUAAUAGGGAAUGAAUACAUACUUUGAGAAUAUUAUUUUUUUACCAGUACAUAAAAAAUAUGAUAACACAAUAGAUCAUAAAGAUUUAUAAAAACAAA